AUGGAGGAGGGCUACGACCGCGAGUUCUGGCAGUUCAGCGACACGCUGCGCCUGCAGACGGCCGCCUUCUCCGGCCUCUCCCUCGGCGACUCCAUCUGGUCCCCGGCCACCGCUGGCGCCGCCGCGGACCGCCACAACAGCAACAACGACCUAUUCGCCGCCGCCGCCGCCAAGAACAACGGCGUCGUCGGCCUCAAACUCAACGAUGGCGGACCGGGCCUCAUCGGCUCCGGGAAGCUCGCCUUCGGCGGCGGCAAGGCCGACCGCUACAACAACCUCCCCACCACCGAGAAGGCCGCGUCCGUGUACAACAACAGCACUGUCAACGGCGGGUACGCCAAGAACAACAACAACGCCCUGGCGUUCAACAAGAUGGGGAGCUACGGCGGCUACAACAGCAACAGCAGCGGUAACAACAACAGCGGGAGGUGA